UAUAAAUAUAAUAAUUUGUGAUGAUUAGGAUGUUGUAUAAAAUACGUCAGUUAAGGUCUAGGAGAUUGUGAACUGUUUUAUUAGCCAUUAUGUCUACUUGCAAAAGAGGUAGUAAAAAAAGAUAUUCACAUCAGGCAUCUGAAAUAAAUGAAGAAAAUACUUCUAUUCAUUUGAAACAUAGACUUGCAAAAAUAAAGAAACUGCAAAAAUCAAUACGCUCAUUAUGUGAUAAUGAUGACAGUUCCCCUGAAGACAUACGACCUUUCUUUCUUAAAUCUGUGAAUUCACGUGAUAAUUCACUUGAUAAAUCAUCUGAUGAAGGUACUAUUGAUAAAUCUAUACAAAAAAAGAGAUCUGUAUCAUCUAAGGAGAGUGAAAAUGAUUAUGAUAAGCAAAAGAAAACUGAAGAACAUUUAAAGACUGAUAAGCAUAAAAACAAUAUGAAAAGUAAAAAAAUUGAUUAUGAUGAUUUAAGAAAGAAGAAAAAUAGAAGCAGAAAUUCAGAUUUUAGUGACUCAGAAAAUGAAAUCUAUGAAAAGUUUACGAAAAAAACAGACAGAAGACAUUUAGCAUCAAAAUCAAAACAAAAAGAUUUCAUGAAUUUCUACAAGGAAGAUGCAGACUCUAGUUCUGGCAAAGAAUUUCAAAAAUCAAACAUUUUCCAUAGUGGUUUGAAGAUUAUGAAAAAAUUGUCUCAAGUUAAACAGAAUAGUGAAACAAUUGAAGAGUCAAAUUCAGAUUCUACUACACAAUUGGGAAAAAAGAUUAUAAUUAACAAAGAACAAAGUUUACAGUUCAAGUCUAAUUUUGUUAAAAUUUUUAAUAAAUUUAAGGAAGUUUGUUCAGAGUAUGAGUUACAAAUGGAACAUGUAAAAUCGAAAUAUUUUAAAAGAGAAUUAAUAUAUCAAGAAUCAGCAAAUAAUAUCAUAAAAAAGUCAAAAAAUGUGAUCAAUAGUCUUAGAAAGGAACUUGAGGCACAAGAAAAAGAGUUAACAAAUUUUUAUAAAAAAUGGAAUACAAAUCAUGAGCUACAAAGUACAGAUCACGAAAAUAAUUCUUUAAGUGAAAAUGAAAUGAUAAAAGAAACAGAAAAUAAAGAAAAAUCAGAUAAAUCAAGAAAUAGUUCAAAUGCAGCAAGCAUAGUUUCGGAAUGUGAUAAUGAAGAAAUAUUUUCUGAUAAUGAAACAACUAUUGCAAAAACGAACAUUGACAAAAACAAAAAGGAUGAAGACUUAAUAGUUGCUAAAAUUUCAGGAAAAACAACGAGUGACAGUGAAAACAGCCAUCAAAGUAACUCACCUAUUUUAGGUACUAAUAAAAGAAAAGGAAUAUCUAAUAAAACUUGCAAAGAUAAUUUGGAAGUAACUAAUAAAAAUGAAAAAUCAUCUGAAGAAUGUCAGAUAUCCAUAAAUGAACAUAGUAUAAACGAAUCUAAAGAUAUUAUAGAAAAUAAUGAUAAUACAGAUGAAAAUUCUUUAAGAAAUGAUGAAUUAAAUACACAGUUUAAAGAUAAUGAUUCAUAUUUAAUUGAGGUUGGAAAACCUAAAUCAAUUGUUUCUGAAGAAAUUUCAGAGUUAAUUGAAAAAGAAGAAAAUAGCGUUUCGGAUGAACUUGAGGACGAAGAACAAGCUAAAAAAGCAAUGUUAGAAUCAGAUUCAGAAGUACCCACAAAUGAAGAGUCAUUAAUUAAAAAAUCUAUUAAAAAAUCCAAAAUAAAUGAUAAUUCAGACGAAAAAAACGCAUUGCGAUUGGAAGAAAUACAGUUGGAUAAAAAAGAAAACAAAAAUAAAACAGAAAGUAAUUCUCUUCAUGAAAAUAAUUCAUCAGAACAAGAUGAAAUUACUAAAGUAGAAGCUUGUGCUAAGCGCAAUCUUCUUGAAUCAAAUUCAGAUGACUCUAUGAGCCCUUGUGACAUUAAAAAGAGUUUAAAUAAAAAGCAUGAUUCCAGUGAUAAUAGUGAAAAUUCAAGCUCUGAUAAUGAUAGUAAACUGAAUGCUAUAAGGACAGGUAUUUCUUCAAAACAAAAGAAAGGUAAAAGUCAAAGUUUCGCCAAAGCCAAAAUGGAAUUGAAUUCUGAACAACCAACACAUUUGACUAAAAUAAACUAUGAUGAAUCAGAUAAAAAAUUAAAAAUGUUUUCUCAAGUUGUUAUUGAAAGAUUACCAGAAAAAAUUCUUAAAAAACAUAAAAAAGCUUUAGAAAAAUCACAACAAUAUUUAGAAAACAAAAAGCUUAAAAGUUUAAUUGACUUGGAUAGAUUACAAAGAAAUUGUAGUAGUACUAAUGACUCAAGUCGAAGUCCCUUAUUUAGAAAAGUGAAAAAGUCUAAAGUGAAAGAAGUAGAAGAUUCUCUACUGGAUCAUUUAAAGAAUGUGGAAGAUGGGAAAUUUCUUGAAAAUACAGAAGAAGAAUCUAAUAUGGAAAAUGAUGCUUCAAAUCCAAAAACACAGGCUUGUAUUCAAACUAAUGAAGAAUUAAUAAUAGAAGCAGAUGCAGCUACAAAAAAAGUUCUUUUAUGUUCUUCUGAUUCAGACAUUGGUGAACAAAAAGUUGCUUCUGAAAACAAUGACAGUGAGGAGGAAGAAAAUAAAAUCAAGUUAAAGGAUAAUUCACAAAAGACAAGCAAAAAAGUAGAAAAAAAGGAUAGUGAUAAGGAAAAUGAUGAAGAAUUGAAAAAAAAUAAAUGGAGACGAAACAAACUACUAACAAUGAAGUUAUCCUCGGACUCGGAUACUGAUAGUGCAAGGGAAAAAUGGGAUAAGAAACAAAAAGAGUUGGCGGAAAAGACGGAAGCAACUCAUACUGAAAAUUCUGCUGUCAAAGAUGAAAUUGUGAAACGUAAAAGAAGGAAUCCUAGAAAAAUUAUGGAUUCUGAUUCAGAUGUACAAUUCUUAAAUUCUGAUACAGAGUCAAAUAAUUCUGUUAUAUUAGAGGAUAACAAGUCUUCAGGUAGUGACUCAUCAAUAGGAAAGUCGAAAAAAGUACGUAAACGUAAAACGCAUAAGUCAUCUGAUACGGACUCUUCAGUUACAGAAAAAAGGUCGAAACCAAAGAGGAGACGUAUUAAAAAUAUGCCCAGUGAUAGUGAUGAAAAUAGCGAUAGCGAUCAGAUUACAAAUUCUCAAGGAACACCUGGAAAGAAAGGUCGUAAAAAUAUCCGAAAAGUAAUGAAAGAUAAGCAAGUUACGGACGAUACUAAGCAAGCUGCCAAAGAAGAGGAAGAGAGACUUAAACGUAUUGCUGAGAGACAAAAAUUGUACAAUGAAAUGUAUGAAGCAAGGUUGGCUGGAGAAGAAAAACUAGAUAAGUUAGUAUUAGAUUUUAAUCCUGAAACAAAAGAGGAAUUGGUAAUUGUUCAUAAAAACUUAGUAGUACGUUUGAAACCCCAUCAAGCCAAAGGAAUAAAAUUCAUGUGGGAUGCGUGUUUUGAAUCAUUGGAAAGAAUAAAGUCUUCUACUGGAUCUGGGUGUAUAAUUGCACAUUGUAUGGGAUUAGGUAAAACUCUUCAAGUAAUUGCCUUGGUGCACACGCUUUUAACAAACGAAAAAACUGGUGUUAAAACAGUUAUGGUUGUUUGUCCUUUGAGCACAGUACUUAAUUGGUUAAACGAAUUUAAUUUAUGGUUAAAGAAUAUAGAAAAUAAUGACAUUGAAGUUUAUGAAAUGACUAAAUUAAAGAAAAAUAUAGAACGAAAGUUUCAAUUAGAAAGUUGGCAAAGAACUGGUGGUGUACUUCUUAUUGGCUAUGAAAUGUUUAGAAAUCUUACUGGCACAAAUAAUAGAAUGAGAAAAAAUAUGAAAGAAGCAAUUUUACGAUACUUAAUAGAUCCUGGUCCAGAUAUGAUAGUUUGUGAUGAAGGACAUUUAUUAAAAAAUGAAGAUACUGCUCUUAGUAAAUCCAUAAACCGCAUUAAAACAUUACGAAGAAUUGUUCUUACAGGAACACCACUUCAAAAUAAUUUGACAGAAUAUCACUGCAUGGUACAAUUUGUGAAACCAAAUCUUCUAGGAACAAAGAAGGAAUUUCUAAACAGAUUUGUGAAUCCAAUAACUAACGGUCAGUUUGAUGAUUCUACUGAAUACGACGUUAAAUUAAUGAAAAAACGUGCAUACGUUUUGCAUAAAAUGUUGAAGGGAUGUGUGCAAAGAUUUGAUUAUUCUGUAUUAACACCCUUUUUGCCACCAAAACAGGAAUAUGUCAUUUUUGUCAGUCUAACGAAAGUUCAAGUUAAUUUGUAUCAACAUUAUUUGGAUAAUUUUGCGAGACGGACACGCAGUGCUAGCGGGUCUCUUUUCGCAGAUUUUCAAGCAUUACAAAGAAUAUGGACGCAUCCCAUAGUUUUACAAUUGAAUGCAGAAAAAAUUGAAAAGAUGAAUGAAAAGAGAUUAGAUUCUAGUGAUUCUGAGGGUUCUUUAAAAGAUUUUAUUGAUGAUAGUGAAACAGAUUCCACAACUAGUGAAACUAGCAGUAAUAGUGAUGAUCAACUUCAAAACAUUAAUUCUAAUGUUAUAGGAAAAAAUACAAGAAGUAAUCCAAAAAAUAUUAAACCUGAAGUUGAAAUAGUUUCGAAAUCUGAAGAAUCUGAAAAAAAAGAAGAGGAAUGGUGGGCACAAUUCAUUCAAUCUGAAAAUUUGAAAGAUAUGAAAGUUUCUUCCAAAUUGAUACUUCUUUUUGGAAUUUUAAAGGAAUGUGAACAAAUUGGAGAUAAAGUAUUGGUGUUUUCACAGUCAUUGUACUCCUUGACUCUAAUUGAGCAGUUUCUUGAAAAAAUUGAUAAUGAAACGCAAAACGGUACAAAUUCAGAAUAUAUUGAUGGACAUACUGGAAGUUGGUCAUUUGGUUUGGAUUAUUUUCGAUUAGAUGGUCAAACAUCUCCAGAGAAUAGAAACACAUGGUGUAAAAUAUUUAAUGAACCAUCAAAUACAAGAGCAAGAUUAUUUUUAAUUUCGACUCGAGCUGGUGGAUUAGGAAUUAAUUUAACCGCUGCUAAUCGUGUUAUUAUUUUUGAUGCAAGUUGGAAUCCAUCACAUGAUAUGCAAAGUAUAUUUCGUGUAUACAGAUUUGGUCAAAAGAAACCGUGUUAUGUUUAUCGGUUUCUAGCUGCUGGAACAAUGGAAGAAAAAAUUUAUAACCGACAAGUGACGAAACUAUCGCUAUCCUGUAGGGUUGUCGAUGAGCAACAAAUAGAACGUCAUUAUAGUAAUCAUGAUUUAAGCGAAUUGUAUACAUUUGAGCCAAAUAUAAAUAAUGGAGAAAAACCAACUUUGAAUUUACCAAAAGAUAGACUAUUGGCAGAAAUAUUUUUGAAAUAUAAGAAUUGUGUGGAGAAUUAUCAUGAACAUGAUUCCCUUUUAGAAAAUAAAGCAGAAGAAGAAUUGAAUGAAGAAGAAAGAAAACAAGCUUGGUUAGAAUAUGAAGAGGAAAAAAAAGGAAAACCACCACAAAUACCAUUAUAUCCAUCAAUGGCAACAUUCCCAAAUCAUGUAAUGUUAAAUCAAUAUAAUAUACCAUCAACGUUUAAUAUUUCUACAGAUUUUGAAAAACUCAAGGAACUGCUUCGAAAGGAUUACCCUAAUGCAACUCCUGAAACUCAACAAAUGAUGACUACACGUGUAUUGACAGAUAUGUAUAGUUAUUGGGAGCAACAAGCUUAUCAUAAUUCUACAAAUCGAAUUAUUGAUCAGAAUCCAAGUAUGAAUGCAAUACAAAUGAGAACUCAAUUACCAAAUUUGGCUCGAAUGCCUUAUGUCGUACAAAGUACAAGUAAAAAUCUGAUCAAUCAACCGAAGGAUUAUAGAACUCCUGACAUUAGAUCUGAAGAUCACGAUGACGACGUUGUAGAAGUUACUUCAACUACAGUAAACAAUAAAAACAAAAACCAAGAAGAAUAAAUGAAAUAAUAAAGGUAAAACAAAUAUUAUUAUGAACUUAAGAAACUCUAAUGUAAAGUCCUGUAUUGUUUUAUAUAGUAUAGAAACACUUUGAUAUUUCAUUAUUAUAAUCGAUUUUA